AUGUCUGCCACUGGGAUGAUCCACCUGAAUAUUUCAGUUACCAACGAUACAAAUUCUCGAUCCACAUCUUCAGAUACGACAAAGGAGUCUUUACCAUUUGUUAUUAGACCAAAAAGAGCGAAAAUUUUAAAAGAGCCUGUCACUGUCAGUGAGAAAGAGGGUAGGGUUCGGUUAGGGUGGGGUAUCGUUGUUCUUGAUCUUCUGAAUUCAUUCUCUUCAGGCACGCCCUUGUGCGUGCCCGAGUCAGAAGAAAAGCUUUCUAGGCCUUUGGGAACCAAGUUGUGGAGUCAAAUUGAUGAUCCAAACUACAAGCCAUUUCUUUUUGCCAGGAAUGGUUCAGAAACUGAAACCUUUGAUGCAUUCAGCUACUUCACUGAUGUAAUACAGAUGAUGAGAAAGAUGUAUGGGUUUAUCUCUCACCCACGAAAUAUCGCUGACAAGCAAAAUGUUUGUGAGUGGUUUGUGCACUUUCAUAUGUUGGAAACCGAAAUUAAGGAGUGGAAGAGCAAUCUACCUUCUAAGUACGCUUCUCUAUUGGAUUCAAGCACUUUGGGUACUGAACAACAUACCUUUGAAGAAAUUGCAGGUCUUGCUCUUUUGCAUUCUUCAUAUCACAUAGCAUUGAUCAAGAUGCACAGCGCCUAUGGAUACCCGCAUAUUGAAUCUUCAGCUUUCAAGCAUUCAGAAAGCUCGCGACGAAUAUGUCUCGAAUCAGUGGAAAGGGUAGCAUUAUUGGCUCAAAAUAUUAUGGAGCAAGAAAAAAAGAACGGUGAGAAAAUGCUUGAGAACUUAGGACCACACUAUUCUUUUUGUAUAUGGGUUUGCGCUAGAGUUCUGAUAGCAGACAGCAUUUUUAACCAGGCUGCAAAAAGCCAGUCAGAUCGGGAAAAUCUCAACAUGAAACUAAAGCUGUUUUGCGGAAUACUAUACGCAAUUGGGAAACAUUGGCAGGGAGCUCAAAAAUACUAUAGGAUUUUGAGGCAACUACAAAGUUUCGGAUUUGAUACCCUCCCUGCACCUGCAAACACGGAUUAUCCAGAAGGAAAUGAGUAUGAAAUACCUCCGUCACAGGCCAUCGCUGACAUGAGGAUCAAUGCGCAUCUACUUUCUCUCAUUUUGAACAAAAAUUUAACGAAAGAUCCUCAAAGCCGGAAGCUGCACGAUAGCCAAAAUUCAAUUAUGGAUAAAAAUGGUUUAUUAGCUUCUACGCAGUCAAGGUCAAAUAGAACCCAAGAGGAGAGUAUGCUUCUGGACGCUUUCCAAUUUGACACCAGCUCCUUUGGAUUUGAAGACCUACUUGGAUACUUGACUCAAAAUAGUAUUGCACAGGAGCCUCUUUAA